AGUACCCAGUUGACGAGUGACUGUGCAGUGUCUGUAGAGUGUGUGUGCCCUAUGCCCUAACAUGGAGCGAGUCCCGUCGAACCCCAAGACCGAACCUAGGGAGGGGUGUGCUUCGGAGCAGAGCAUUCGCCGCUACAGAACAGCGUUCACCAGAGACCAGCUGGCUCGCCUCGAGAAGGAGUUCUACAAGGAGAAUUACGUGUCCAGACCAAGGAGGUGUGAGCUCGCUGCACAACUAGGUCUGCCUGAAUCCACCAUCAAGGUUUGGUUCCAAAAUCGGCGCAUGAAAGACAAAAGACAGAGGAUGGCAAUGGCGUGGCCCUAUGCUGUCUACACCGACCCAGCUCUCGCUGCCAGCAUCCUACAAGCUGCCGCCGGGAGCCUGCCCUUUGCUGCCUACUACCAAAUGCCUCCUGCAGCCGCUUACUGUCAGCAAUUCCCAAUAGCAAGAUAUCCGUACCCGGUGGCUCAACAACGUCCGGAGUCGGCUACAUUCUGCUUGCCGGACACGGACAACUGCGACGGUCACGGUCACGGACACGGGGACGGCACGUCCAGCUGCCGGUGCGGCAUUGUUAACUGCGUGGCAUCCGUACCCCCCUCGUCAACGCCACCACCCCCAGCACCCCCCAAAAAACUGUUCCAGCCCUUCAUGACCGAUAAGAUCUAGAACCCCAAGCAACAACACACCAAGUUACCACCGACUAUAAUUCACAACUAAUUAGUGCCAUAGGUGUCGUGCGAAUAGCGUCAAAAGGAUCUGGCAAAAGUCUGCCUGAAUCUACUUACCUGAUAAUUGCGUGGCGGUUUCAGGUUGAAACCUUUUCCUGAUCCUUUGUAAAAAUGUGUGCGCGAUUCGCACGACACCUCUACGAUGAGUUAGUGCCAGAUUGGAGUGAAAAGAGACAGAAACGGACUGCAACUCGACUGUUCGCCAUCUACUAUUAUGACGAUGUAUGCACUGGAAACCUACGAGUCAGUGUAGUUGAAGUAGGAUACAUUUCAAUAAUAUGUUCGUUACAACAUCAAAUCAUAAAGCUGCAAUUAUUAUUUAUUGCUUACACGUACAAACAUUUAGAAAUAACCUGUAAAAUGGGGAUCUUGGGAUCUUAUAGUUUUCAACACAAACAACGUUCCUAUUUACAAGCAAUGGCAAUAAUAAUUGUUUGAUUGCUUUUAAUUUCAAGUUGUCGCUGUCGUCUUAAUUUUGUUUGAAGAACAUUUUAAUUUUAAUUUUUCUUAUUGUGUAAUAUACAUGUUCUGUUCUGUGAUGUUGGGUCCGAAGUUGGUAAUAAUUGAGAAUAAUAAAUCUAUUGGAUGGCUGAGUGCGCUAUGUCCUAACUCAGCCCUACUUUGCGAAAAAUAUAUACGAUAAUUACAAAAUUUUACAAUUAUUUGACUAAAACAGCUUUGAUAAAGUGAAUCAAGUUUCAAAUCAUCCAUUUUAUCUAGGCUGGAGAAUGCUCCGACUAGUGACAUAACAUGAGACUAUAUAUAGUAGAGGAUUUACAUUAGUCGAGGACAAAAAGGAUUAAAUGCAUAUCUAUAAAUGAAUUAUAAAGCAAGAGCAAUUAAUAAUAGGAUAUACACACACUAGGACAACAAAGAAUGGCGAGUUCAUAACUGUUUUCAACUGUUUUCGUUUGUCUAGAGUACAGACUACUAACGUCCAUGAGACCUGUUCAAGAUUGCAAAACCAGAUCUUCAGAACUUGGAAAGAUUGAUACAAAGAAAAUUAAUGCGAUGUUGAAAUUGAAAAUGAGUAUACAUUUUUGAUGUAGUAUUCGCGGAUUGAUGGUAUUUGAAUGUAACUGAUGAAAUGAAACGUUGCAAUAUUUAAACGUUUUCAAAAAUGAUUAAAUAUUUGAAUCGUCCCAACUAUUUUUAGAAUUACCUGAAUAUAUCUUGAAGGCUAAGCAUCACGUACCAUAUUACCUUAUCCAAAUUCGCACUAAUAAUACGCAAUGGUUCUAGAAAGCUCAAUUCAUGAAAUUAAUAACUUAAUCGAUCAAUACUAGUGUAUAUUGAGAAUACGUGUAUUAUGAUGAUCUGUUGUUGUAACAAACAUUAUUUUUGUUGUUGAUAGAAAAAACAUUCACGAAUAUCAUAGAAUCCAGUGAGUACAGAAUGAAACUCUUAUAAUGUAACAUUCUAUACUCACUGAUAGAAUCUCGGGAAUAUUUGAGUUUUUUUUAGAGUAAAACAGUAAAAUGUCAAUAUAGUUUCCAAGAAUUUACUAAUAAUAAGGAAUGUUUGAAUGACCACUAUCCAUUAGUAAACAAGAUGAGUAUUGAAAAGUGAUACUGUGGAUGGAGUUUUGAUGAAUAAUAUUUUAACUAUAUCCAUAGUUUUAUGGAGAAUGCGAUUUUCAACGAUUCCAUUUGGUAAUCAAACAUAAUAUUGACUAAGUAGACUUUUAUACCUAUAUAGGUAGAGAAGGUCAAUUUCACUCUAAUCUCUCUUAAAUUUCACAACGAGAAUAAUAUUCCAUCACAGUAUACAGUGAUGAUGAUAGAAUAAUAGUUGAUGAAAGAGAUCCAAUAAGCUGUGUAAAACCAUACAAAAUUAAUUAUUCGUGAUUACGUGCAUCAUAACAGUAUGAAAAGAUGGAAAGGAAUGAGAUUUAUUCACAGUUUAUUAAUUAUUCUCAUGAGAAUCAUAAUUAUUGAUUAAACAAAAUUUAAACUUAUGAUAUUUCAUCGAUCAUCGAUUUUCCUUAAGGUAUUCGCAGUUGAAGAAUGCAAAGCGAAGCCUCCAUGCUAUUUGGUAGCAAAUAAAAUGAAAUCUCGUUUAUUCAUUUAUAACAGAAACAAGGAAGACCACAGGCAUUAUGCCCAGAACAGUCUUCACAAAAAUAAUUUACAAUCAUGCUAAGCAAGUUCAAUCGUCAAGUAUGAAAGUCCACGCUAUUGUUAUUAUAAUGUAGGAUUGGGAGAACAGUUGGACAAUAUUAUUAUGUGAUUUAUGUGAUUCAAUUCAUCAAUAUAAACUAAAGUGCAAGAGGUAAGAUGAAGAGUUAUUUGUGAAAAUUCAUCAUUAAACAAUUAAAAGAAAGAAGAGUAAUUAUUAAAAGUUUGGAGGAAAACUCUUUCUUGAAUUAAGUAAGCAUUGAUGCCAAUUUUUGAUUACGAUUUAUUUAUGAAUUACUUCAAGAAGAAGUUACAUUAUCAGGAAAAAUUUCAAGAUUGUAGAUUCCUUGCAAUUUAUAAGACAAGUAAACAGCACAAUAAAUUGAUUUUAUCUCGAGUUGAACUGAGUUUAUUAUUAGAUUGGAAAACUCAUUCAACCUAAUAUUCAUAGUUAUAGACUUAUAAUGUAUUUAUUGAUCACAUCAAUUUUCUUAGUACCUAGAUUAUCUAUGAAAUAAUCAUUAUCAAUAUUUUUGUACAAUAAUAGUAGUAGUAUAUUGUUUUGCGGAACGUAGCUUCCCAGCUUUAAGAACUACACAAGUAGCCCGAUAACCCGUGAAAUAUGGUAAAUUAAUUUUUUUUUGGAUUUUUAAAUUAGUUUUUAUCUAUUGGAACUGAAAAAUAUAUAUUGGGUACAAUAUUAGAAUAAUUGGUAUUCUCAACAUUUUCCAAGAUUAUAUUUUCCAAUAAUCGAUUCUACUCAGAAACAUUAUAACAGUUCAAUCAGCAAUAAAUCUGAUGCGAGGAUGGUUUCAAUGAAUUUGUCACGUUUCAAAUAAUAUCAGUUUGAACAUUUCAAUGAAGACAUUGAGCAUAUUGUAUUUCAUAUUGUUAUUCUGUUAAUUAUCAUGUUCCAUUUGUUCAACGAUCCAAAGAUUUUCGUGUGUUACGAUUAUGAAAAAAUAUCCCUAAGAAGACAACAGAAGAGGAGAAAAGACUAUUUUAUUAUGUUGUAAGAUUGUUAGAGAAGGGACUUCUACAGUACAAAACAUCUAUUCAAUUUGCUUAAAUAUAUCGUUAUUGUUUUGUCUUGUUAUUAGUUAUAGAUAUUCUGUUACUAGUCGACUUUAUUAUGAUUAAUAAGAUUCCAAAGACAAAAAUAAUCAUGGACUUGAGAACGAUUUUUGUAUUUUUUCAUCACGGAAAUAUGCAUCGACAAGAUUGCAAAUCAAUGCAAGUCAAGAUUGAAUUAAUGAGGUACGAUUCUAAAGAGUCAACAAUACAAUUGGCUACUUGUAUUUUUCUAUUAGGGAGAUUCUCAUAAUUUGUAACUAAUUAUCCUAUUUUUUCUAGUCAUGGAUUUUGUAAACUUCUUGAUAUAAUUAUGCAAUGAGAAUAGCGUAGACUAUUGGUUCUCGAACUAAUCCAACUUGUUUAUUUUGUAUGAUUUUGACAAAAGUUGAUUCAAUUUUCAUAUAGGACCAACAGUUAGUUGUUGACCGAUAUGGAAAUUGUAUUUGUCUAUGGGGCGUAGCAUAAUCUACCAGAAAAGAGAGUUCCAAAUCAACACUGUAGAUGCUUGAACUGAUAAUUUCCAUAUUUAUUUGCUGUUAUGUACCUUACAAUAUAAUAAGUUCUUUAUUGUGUAAUUUGUACUUCUAUUUACGUUUUUGAAUAAUCUAAAUUUUUUAUUUAAGAUUUUUUAUUAUUAAAAUAAUGAAUUUGAUGACUUAAAGUACAUUCCUGAUAAUAAAAAAAUGAGUUGACCAGUUUCCCCAAAUUUUCACUAAUUUUGUUCAUUUUUCUUCUUAAUAGCAGUUGGCUGCUUAACGUUUUGAAGCUGUAAAGAAUACAACUCUCAUCCUUCUCCUCAUUGCUGAUACUGUUGAUUGUUUUAUACAUGUGUAAAAAUAAAGUCGUCUUCAUUAA